CAGGCGCGCGCUCACAUAGGUGACAAGGAGGGCGCGAGGAGAGAGAGGAGAAGUUUGAGGAGAAGUGAGGAGGUAAAGAGUGAGAGAGGUUAAAGACUCUGAAGGAGGUAAAGAAUCUGCACUUUCACAGGUGAGUUUGUCUUCUCUUCAGCUUCACGCGCUCAGGUGAUUUUACCUGUAAAGAGAGACAGCAACGUGACGCAGCGUCAGAGAGGUUGGUGUUGAAUCGACCAAUCACCUGCCUCCUGUGUGACCUCAUUGAUCCGUCCUGGAUUAUUGAACCUGAUUGGACCAAAGAUCAACGAGGCGAUAAAAACCUGCAUCGUCUGAUUGAGCUGAUUUAAAUUAGUCUGCAGAUUCGUUACAAAGACCGUGAUUAAUCGGACAAAAAGAGAGACUCUCUCUGAUUGGUCUGUGGGUCAUUCAAGAAAAAAAAAAGAGGCAAACAAUGGCGGCGUCAGAACUGAUCCAAGACGACGACGACAACCGUCCUCAUUUGGAAGUCGCAACAGUGACGCCCCCCACGCCACCCAGUCCUCCGAGGCUCUCCAACGGUAACCCGCCUCGCCACACCUCCUCGCCACCUCCGCCCACAGAGACCCACGAAGGCAAGAAAGAGGAACGCAGCAAACUGAGCGGCCUGUUCCAGCAGAACCAGCUGAUCCACUCGCUGAGCAGGGGACUCAGGAAACACUGCGACUACAUCAAGAUCAGCGUGCCCGAAGAACGAGCCGACCGCCUCCCCUCCGAGUGGUGGAAGACGGGCGUGGCCUUCCUCUACGCCUUGUUCAACCUGGUCUUCACCACCGUCAUCAUCACCGUCGUCCACGAGAGGGUGCCGGACAAGUCGGUGAGCCCGCCGCUGCCAGACAAGUUCUUUGACUACGUGGACCGGGUGCCCUGGGCGUUCACCGUCACCGAGGUCAACGGGCUGAUCCUCAGCGGACUGUGGCUCGUCCAGUGGCUCUUCCUCAAACACAAGUCUAUAGUUCUUCGUCGCUGUUUCUUCCUGAUCGGGACUCUCUACAUGUAUCGCUGCGUCACCAUGUACAUCACCACCCUGCCUGUGCCGGGGAAACACAUGGUGUGCGCUCCCAAGCUCUACAACGACUCGACGGGGAAAAUCUGGAGGAUUCUACAGCUGAUUUCAGGAGGAGGUUUGUCUCUUACCGGCUCUCACCUGAUGUGUGGUGACUUCCUGUACAGCGGCCACACCGUCAUGUGUACGCUGUCCUACCUCUUCAUCAAAGAGUACUCUCCGCGCUGGAUGUGGUGGUAUCAUUGGCUCUGCUGGCUGCUCAGCGCCUCCGGAGUCCUCUGCAUCCUGAUUGGUCACGAGCACUACAGCAUCGACGUGUUGAUCGGAUACUUUGCCACCACCAGGACCUUCUGGUGGUACCACACUAUGGCCAAUACACAUGCGCUUCGUCAAGCUUCAAACAACUACUUGUCGCAGACCUGGUGGAACCCGAUCUUUAACUUUCUUGAGCGGAACGUUCAGACGCCAGUUCCCAUCGUGUUCUCGUGGCCUGUUAACCUGCCGUCCUCCUGCAGACAGCGAUACAAGAUAGUGGAGGGGGGCAGGGACGAGUGAGCAGCGGGACACCUGACUGCUGUUUGAAUGGACGAACAGGAUCUGUCUUCUCACUGAGGACACACAGAGGAGGACAAAGGAUGAAUCGUUUACAGUGCAUCAUCACCUGUCAUUUAUAAAUCAUAUAAUCACCUACAUAGUGACAAUGCUGUAAGACUUCUACUUCAGUCUGAAGAGUUACCUGUGAAACGUCACAGGAACGUCACUACAUGUUGAAAUAACUGUUGAGUUAAAGCCAAACCUUCGAAAACAAGUUUCACUUCACUACCCGAUGUUACACGCCAACCAGCUGCCAAAUUAUCUAAGAACCACAUAUUUAUCUGUAAUACAAGUUGUUUUAUGAGCGUUUAAAAUGAACAUCAACAUCAAACCAUUUCUCUCUGAGCGAUGGAGUGAUAUUUGUGCUUUUAAGUUUGAUACAGCUAACAAAGUAAAACAUAAAAAACUUUUAAAAGUACCAUUCAGUCUAAGAAAUAAAAUACAGCGUAUUCAAACAAAAAACAUGAGACUACAAUUUAAAGGAGCAAUAUGUAACUCUGACACCUAGUGUUUAAAAAUGGGUACUGCAGUCUAAAUUCAAAACAUUGGACACCCUCCUGCCGCAGAAACGCAGGAGCCUCAUUGGUCAACACAGCUGUCAAUCAUGGCAUUGUAUACCUAUUAAGAGCAUCAUAAAACUCGAAAAGCAACCUUUAUUUUCAUUUUCAAGUUUGACCCAUGUCCCAUUUGUUUUCACUGAGGAGGCGGAGCUUAUGACCUACACUGCAGCCAGUCAGAAGGGGGGGGGGGGGGCAAAUGUUUUGGCUUCACUGUCCAAGAGCGGUUCUAUCGUCCAUUUUCUCACACAGUCUAUGGCAUUCAGCAUAUUGCUUUAGUGAGUAAAUUAUAACUUCAGAGAAAUGUGUUAAGCAACAUCUGUAAAUGAGAAAAUCGUCUAAUGAUUCAUAGAGAAGCUAGAGGGUGAGGAGCAAAGCUACCAUGCUAGCUACUUGUCAUUCUCAGGGCUAACCUUUCAGAGUCUAUCGUACUGAAUUGACACUGUUAGCCAAAUGCUAACCACACAAAAAAUGUUUUGAAUGUACCACAGAGAAAACUGACUAAAUGUUUACGUAUUGAGAUUAUUAAGAGAUUGUGGUUUGUCAGCUAACCAGCUAGCUAGAUAGCUUCUACUAGCUAAACUACUAGCAUCAUCACAUUCAAAGUGCUAACUCAAUUUGGUUCCACUUCAGUGUGAAAGGUCACGAGUGUAUUUAAUGACUGUUGUUGUACAUGUCUUCCUAAACUUGAUUAUUUUUGUUUAAGUUAUAUUUUCAGAUGUGUAAAGUUCGGACACACUGAGCUUUAGUGUCCUGUUGUUUAUGUUUUUUAUGUUCUUUUUGUACUUUUUGUAAAUUGAAACAAUAACUUGAAAAGUUCCUUAAACUGCUGCUGAUUGAAAGUCUGAUUAAUGAAGACGUUUUUUCUGUAAAGCUUCAGUUACUCGUAUUCAAGUGUUACCUGAUGUUUCAUGUUGUCAGAGUUUAUUUUGUUUGAAACGAUAAGAUGUUUGGUCUGAUAAUAAAAGAUUCAUUUUUAGUCAAGAAGUGGUAUUUAUUAAAGAUGUGUUGUAAGUAAAACAAA